CAGUCACGAUGAAGGUCCUCGCAGCUCUCCUGGCUCUGGCGGGCGUCGCCGCCGCCAACUCCGCCUUCCGCUUCUCCGACGGCUACCUCGACGUCCUCGGCGCAGAGCCCGUUCAGGCCUUCGACUGUGCCGGUCGAAGCUACGGCUAUUACGCCGACGUCAGCAGCGACUGCCGAGUGUUCCACGUGUGCCUGCCCGUGGCUGACGACCUGGGCGAGCUCCUCGAGACCGCCCACUUCUCCUUCUUCUGCGGCAACCAGACCGUGUUCAGCCAGGAGUCGCUCACCUGCGCCCACCCCGAGGAGGCCUUCCCCUGCGACCAGGCCGAGACCCUCUACGACUCCGUCAACGCCCUCUUCGGUGUCAUUCCCGACGAAAAAUAAAAUAGGAUGUGAUAAAUGAAAAUGAA